AUGAAUAUAUAUUUUGUGAUACAAAUUCAAAGUGCUAUAAUUUUAUUAGGCUGGAAAUUAUGUUUAGCUCAUUGGACAAGUUCUGGUUAUCCUGAUUUACGUGGUCCAUCGGUAUCAAAAUGUGGCCUUGGAUUUAAACCAGAUGUUCAGUAUUAUAUUUGUGAUCCAGAUCAUGUUCUUAAUACUUCUGAAGCUCAAUCAUUAAAUAAACAACUUCAUAAAUUAGCGACUGAUACUCCAUGCCAUUGUCAACGACGUUCGCAGUGUACUACGGGUGAAGAUAUUAGUAAUCCAUUUCGUGGAUUUGUGGCAUCCAUUGCUUUAGUCAACAAUUUGCAAAUGACUAUUCAUAGUCCUUCUGAACAGUUUGUAUUACGAAAAAUUUUUGUAAAUGAAAUAAAAUUUAUAAAAAAUUUUCAACCAAAAACUGCAAGUUGA